GAGAGAGUUUGCUCUCUGUUUGGCUACUUCUGACACGCCUUGAUUCGUCGAAUCCCUACCCGUCUGUUUUUUUUUUUAUUCUUUAUAAAGUGAGGAUUUAGAGAGCUUGUUGAGAAGUAUUCUUGGAAGAGCUAGAGAAGCUCGAUCGAGUUCUUUCUGAAGUGUUGGAAUGGAGAUCUACGUCGCCGGCGAGGCUCAGCUGCCGCCGGGCUUCCGAUUUCACCCCACCGACGAAGAGCUCAUCAUGCGUUACCUCCUCAAGAAAGUGCUCGACGGCAACUUCGCCGGACGCGCCAUCGCCGAGAUCGACCUCAACAAAUGCGAGCCAUGGGAGCUCCCUGAGAAGGCGAAGAUGGGGGAGAAGGAAUGGUACUUCUUUAGCCUUCGAGACCGGAAGUACCCCACCGGACUGCGGACCAACCGGGCCACAGACGCCGGUUACUGGAAGGCGACGGGGAAGGACCGUGAAAUCUACAGCUCGAAGACGAUGUCGCUGGUGGGGAUGAAGAAGACGCUGGUGUUCUACAGAGGGAGAGCUCCGAAGGGGGAGAAGAGCAACUGGGUCAUGCACGAGUACCGGCUCGAAGGCAAGUUCGCCUACCAUUUCUUGUCGGCAUCUUCCAAGGACGAGUGGGUGGUUUCCCGCGUGUUUCAGAAGUGCGGCGGUGGUGGAGGAAGCGGCGGGAAGAAGGCCCGCCUCGCGCUCGCCGACCAGGGAUGCGGAAUGAAGGGCCCUGACCGCGAGAGUUGCGGCUCCUAUAGCAACGCCUCUGAGAGAGAGGCGGCGCACGUGCCCUGCUUCUCCACCACCACUAUCUCCGCCGCCUCUACCGGCAUGGACCUCCACUUCCCACCGCCUCCUUCGGCGAUUCCUCCGACAGGCUUCUCAAGCCUCAGGUCGCUGCAGAAUAAGCUUUACCUGCCGGUCUUCUUCUCUGAUGCGACCGCGUCGGCGGCGCUGGAGGCGCCGCAGUCAGCAAUCGCGGAGACGGAAUUCGAUCGGGCGUCGCAGGCUGACGCAGCGGUGCGCGCCCACCCGAUGCCGGUAGGGUCCACUGAACUAGAUUGCAUUUGGAGUUUCUAA